CGUACAGCAUACACGCAGCAUUCAGCUAUUUGACGAGAAAUUGACUGAUGAUCUCUGUUUUCUUAUCACCCAGUGCCAAAUAUUUCAUGCAUAUUCAAGAUGAGAACAAAUCAACAAUUGGUACAACUGGGAGGUUCUGCGGGACAACGCGUAUAUUUAGGCCUGAAUGAAAAAUGUUGUUAGAUAGGACAAUUGAUUUUGACCUGCUUCGGAUUACUUACAGAUCGCUCAAUAGUUGCUACGAUGCAAAGAGUUUGUCAGUCUUGCUACAUGCACUACCUUGGUACUGCUGGAUGUUCCUGUGUGUGCGCCAUACUCCUGCUGGUGGCCUGCUUGGUUGGAUUUUGUGGCUGUAGUCGGGAGUAUAGUAAACCUGUUGUCCAGAACUUAGGGGGAUUAGGAAUGACAGCAGGGAUCUUCGGAACGAUUGGAUUUCUAUGGUAUUAUCUGUAUUUCUUCAAAGGAUUUUUCAACAAUGGAGUGAUCCUAUUUUCUUCCUUCGGAAAUCCAGGCUGGUCAUUUUAUUUGUGUGCAGUGGCAAGUGGGUUGUCCUUAGUCAUGUCAAUCACGCUGAUUGUAGUCGGAUGCAACAUGCCCACAUCCAAUGGCGCCAUAAUGCCACAACAACCUGCUGUGAUAACUAUGCAGAACCAACAACAAUCGUACCCACAGCCAUCAGCACCACCACAACAACACAUGUACUAGUGACAUGACUAUAAUACAUCAUUACCGUCCAAAUCUUCUGUGGUUUAUCUGUAUGAAGUGAU